AUUCCUUAUGCAAAAAAAUUAUUACUAUAAUUAGAUCCUAAAGGAAGAGAAAUCGAAUUUAUUUUAAAUGGCCGAUCCGCGGUUCCAAACACCAUACAACGAACCACCAUAUCCAUAUGGAUUACCACCACCACCACACCUAAACGCACCACAAGGUCCAUAUCCAACUCAACCUCCACAUUCUUAUCCACCUAAUAUUGGUCCACAGUGGCAAGGAGGAGAUGGUUACCCAUAUGGAAAUUAUAAUGAAAAUCCACAUUCUAAUAGUAACAACAUUGGUGGUGAAGGUGGACGCAUGGAGAAUCAAUUCGCUGCAUCAAGCUUCAGUGAUAAAAAAAUUCGUCAUGCAUUUAUUCGUAAAGUAUAUUUUACUCUUAGUGUGCAAUUAUUAUUCACAUUUGGGAUCGUAUGUAUUUUUUGUCUUAUGUAAGUAAUAAUAUUCAAUGGAAUUAAUUUAUUUCUGUUAGUAAACCUGUAACGAUUUGGGUACGUCGUAAUCCAUGGUUCUACUAUUUAGCCUAUGCAAUAUUUUUCGUAACGUAUUUGGUACUUGGCUGUAUUGUAAGUGUACGAAGAAGAUUCCCUGGAAAUUAUAUAUGCUUAACUGUAUUUACAUUGGCAUUAUCUUAUAUGGCUGGUUCAAUUGGUGCAUUCUACGGAGCUGAAGCAGCUUUAAUUUCUGUAGCACUGACAUUUGCUCUAUGCAUCUGCAUAACUCUGUUUGCAAUGCAAACACGUUUUGAUUUUACAAUGUGCUCUGGUUUUUUAUUUGUAUUUAGCUGUGUUGUUAUGCUUACUGGGAUUGCAAUCAUGAUUGUAUACUUUGUUCUGGGACCAAAUAAGAUUCUACAGGGCGUUUAUAGUGGUAUCCUAACCCUAUUAUUUGGUUUGUAUUUGGCUUACGAUACACAACUAAUAAUGGGUGGAAGAGAAUUUGAACUUGAACCAGAAGAGUAUAUAUUUGGUGCAAUGCAACUUUAUGUGGAUGUUGUAUUCAUGUUUAUGGCUAUAGCUGGUAUUGCACGUGCAGCUUCGUGAAUCAAUAACUAAACCGAUGAAUCAAUACAAAAGCGUAUAUCUGAUAACCUACACUUAUUAUUAUUAUUAUUACCAAAGGAUAUAAUUUUCCUUGUUUAAAAUGACAGUGAUUAUUACGUAUACAGAAUAAAUAAAUAUAAUCAAUAAUUUGAUAAUAAUCUAGACGAAAAACUAACAGAUUAUCAUUAUUUUGUGAAUAUGUACAAAAUGUAAUCUAUUUUCUUAUUUGUUUUAACGUGUCAUUAUUUGUACUUUAAUGACUUGAACCAUGUAUGAAUUUUGAAAAACAAAUUUAUUGACCGAAAUCAACAAUAAACUUUAUGGAAUAUUCGUAACCUAAGUAUUUCUUAUUCAGUAUAAAUGCGUAAAUCAUCAUUGAAAUAUCAAUAAUAAAUAAAAUUGGGUAUUGAAUUCCUUGA